AUGGCAUUGAACCUUCAAUACCAAGGCAUUCGACUACAACUAAAACUGCUCCCCUUCGAUACCGAGGCAAACCCCUCCGUAUUGGAGGGAAACCAAAGCAACGAAGAAGUAUCAGAAGGCGGAAGCACCAAGGAACCCCGUGACUGCCCCCGCCGCUGGAGAGUCCCGACAACCGCCGCCGCCACCAGAGGUCGCGCAAGGGAGGGCGGAGGAGAUGCGGGAUCCUCUUCUUCCUCAAGUCCGGUCACCGCUGAGUGCCAGGAUCCCCUUCUUCCUCAAGUCCUCAGGUGCCGGGAUCCCCUUCUUCCUCAAGUCCGGCAGCAGCGGGGAGUGCAGUGCAGCGGCGGCACCGGCACCGGCAGCAGGUGCGGGUCGUGGUGCUAG